CGUGUUGAAAAGCAGCAGCCUCCCCAUCUUGCUAUUAGCAAAAAUAGCCUGGCGCCUAAAGAUGACUUGGACCUCUCUCUUUUCGCCUGAGGUCUUCUCCAAAUCAAUACUCUUGAGUAGAAUAUUUUUACAUAACCUCUGAAUAUUCAUCAUGGCUCGCGGACCCAAGAAGCAUAUGAAGCGUCUUAACGCUCCCAAGCACUGGAUGCUGGACAAGCUUACCGGCACCUACGCCCCUAAGCCCUCUGCCGGUCCCCACAAGCAGCGCGAGUGCCUGCCUCUGAUCAUCUUCCUGCGUAACCGUCUGAAGUACGCUCUGAACGGCCGCGAGGUCCGCAGCAUUCUCAUGCAGCGCCUGGUUAAGGUUGACGGUAAGGUCCGCACUGACUCGACCUACCCCGCCGGUUUCCUGGACGUCAUCUCCCUCGAGAAGACCGACGAGCACUUCCGUCUUGUCUACGACGUCAAGGGCCGCUUCACCGUCCACCGCAUCAACGCCGAGGAGGCCAAGUUCAAGCUUGGCAAGGUCCGCCGCUGCCAGCUGGGCGCCGGUGCCGUUCCCUUCAUUGUCACCCACGAUGGUCGCACCAUCCGUUACCCCGAUCCCCUGAUCAAGGUUGACGACUCCGUCAAGAUCGAUCUUGAGACCGGCAAGGUUGUUGGCUUCAUCAAGUUCGAGGUCGGCAACGUCGCCAUGAUCACCGGUGGCCGUAACAUGGGUCGCGUUGGUAUCAUUACCCACCGCGAGCGUCACCUCGGUGGCUUCGACAUUGUCCACGUUAAGGACACCAAGGAGCGCUCGUUCGCCACCCGCCAGUCCAACGUCUUCGUUAUUGGCGAUGGCAACAAGCCCUGGGUGUCUCUGCCCAAGGACAAGGGAAUCAAGCUCACCAUUGCUGAGGAGCGUGAUGCCCGCCGGGAGAAGGCUGCCGCUGAGGCCUCUGCCUAAAGCUCGUAUACUAUCGGAGAGGAGGGUUUAAAAGAGGGCGCGGCUUUCGUCUUUUUUUGCCUCUAGAUGUCGUUCUCGCUCUUUUUUCCCCUUUGAAUUGAUUUUAAAAAGCAAUUUAAUCGCAUAAAAUAAGGCACUUUUGCUGUGUAUAUGUUUGUGCUGUUGAUUCUUGUGCUGCUAUGCUUAUUGAGUGGAUGAU